AUGGCAACCAACGUCAAAUCUACUGCUCCGCGCGUACCUCCACUAGGUGUUUGGGCGCCAGCGGUGACAUUCUACCAGAAAAACUCGGAGGACCUGGACCUCCAAGCGCAGGCCCUCUUCUUCUCCCAUCUUGCGCGGUCUGGACUUGCCGGUCUGGUGGUCAUGGGCACCAACUCGGAAGCCUUUCUCCUCACGAGAGAAGAGCGCGCCAGCCUGAUCAGGGCAGCGCGAGAAGCAGCCGGACCAGACUUCCCCAUCAUGGCUGGCGUGGGAUCGCACUCUACCAAGCAGGCACUCGAGCUGGCCCGAGAUGCCGCCGACGCGGGGGCCGACUACCUCUUGGUGCUGCCGCCGGCCUACUUUGGCAAGGCCACCACCAUGGCGACGGUGAAGCGCUUCUUUGCCGAAUUCGCGGCCGCCGCUCCGCUCCCUGUUGUCAUUUACAAUUUUCCGGGCGUCUGCAACGGGGUAGACGUGGACUCGGAAACAAUCUCGGCCAUUGUGCGCGAAAGCGCAUCGCGGCGGGCCGAUGGCGUGUCCAACGUCGUGGGCGUCAAGCUGACGUGCGGCUCCGUCGGCAAAAUCACGCGUCUGGCUGCUGUGCACCCGCCAGACACUUUUGCCGUCUUUGGCGGCCAGUCCGACUUUCUCAUUGGCGGCCUGGCGGCCGGCAGCGCGGGAUGCAUCGCCGCGUUUGGCAACGUCUUUCCCAAGCUCACCGCCGAGGUGUACCGGCUGUACGUGCAAGGACGCACGGAAGAGGCAAUGAAGCUGCAGAGAGUCGCGGCCCUGGCCGAGUCCCCGUGUAAAAGCGGCAUCGCCGCUGUCAAGUAUGCGGCGGCUUGCUACGCUGCCGAGAUGGCGGGCAUUGAUGAGGCUCAGGUCAAGCUGCGGCCAAGACAUCCAUAUGAGGAACUCGGCGAGGCGGCUAGAGGCCCGUUGCGCAGUGCAAUGGAAGAAGCUGCGGGCAUAGAACGCAAACUGUAA